UUGCGUGAGGCGUGUUGCUGCUGGACAAGGACAUUGGGAGAUAGAAUGACAUUUGUGUAACGUUUGAUAACUUCCAAUUUCGUAACAUUACGUGGGCAAUCAAAAGUAAAACACCUGACUUGGAGGAUUAUCAUCUCACUAUCUGGUCAUUGCCAAACUGACUCAUCGCAAUUUCGAUCCAAUUCGCUUCUGACACAGGUAUUCAUGCUAGCUAAUAGCUAACGUUAGCUAAUCAUGGUGAUCUUGCCGCUAGCUUAUCAACUGACUAGCGAGUUAUAGAACGUUAGCGUGCGUUUUAUAACUAGAUUGAUGGGUCCCUAUAUUCGUCAAUCAAUUAUGCAUUUCCAUACAUAUCAACAUCAAAGUUGAUGCAUGGUUCACUUGUUUCUGGUUGUGUCUGCAAGAUUGUGUCAAUCGUCCAACCAAUCCACUGGGUUACCAAAGGUUGAAAGUCAGUUAACGUUAAUGAAGUCUAGAAUGGGAAAUGUUACAUCAUAGUAUUGUAUAAUAUUGUAGCUGCCAUAAACUGAUUGCAGUUUAUUCUGCCUCUGUAAUCAUUAGUGAAUAUCGAUUGUCUUAAUGACAAACGUUACACUGCAGUGUCACCUAUGUACGGUAUUUGUAUGUCAUGUAUCAACAUCACGGUUCUAAAGUUAUAUUAGAAACAUCACGAUAGACGCUACUAUAGUUAUGGGUGGUUGUCGAGUUCAAAUGUACCAAAGGACUGUCUUAUUUGAAAGACGUCUGAGUAGCAAUUACGAUCUUGUGGUUUGCUGUUUCCACUGCUCGCUGUCAUGUGCUACUGGCAUGUAUUUUUCGCGCUCCAAAAUAUAUUUCAAGUGGGGUGGGUCAAACUUCAAAGUAGAAGAGGACCGACCUGCUUCAAAUCUAUUGCUCCUAGAUGAGCACUUCCAAGACGGUGUUUGUUGUGUCGAUUUAAUGUUAAUUUGUCUAAAAGUUUAAAAGGAAACUUAGUCAAAUACUGAAUCUGAGGUUUAACCACUCAAACUCCAGGGACAUCUCAAAAUGUGUCUUGAAUAAUUCCCACCUCAUUGAAGUUCUCUUCCAUAUGGCAAUAUUAUCUCAAUAGAAUUUGGGGAUUUUGUUUUCACUUUCAAAUGCUAUCUGUGAAAUUUCAUGGAUGCUAGAUCUGUCCUUCGUCAUGGUAUAGGCAUACAUGUAUGUGUUAUGCGUACCGUAUGUAUGCCUGUCUGGCAUGGCAGUGAAUGACAGUAGUAUAAAGGUCAUAUAGGUCUUGAUUUACAGCCUAGCAACCUACGGAUGAACUCACAACUGUUCCUUGAGUAGCCUACACAUGCACACACCAGGCCACAUCAUCAUAUGGACAUAUCAUUGAGACGAUGGUCUAAAAAUAACUGUACACCCUCAACUGCCCCCCUUUCUCUUUAUCUAGGUUUCUUAUUUGGGAUCGAGAGGGGACCAAGAAGAUAAAGAGCUGGUCCUUCCUUGGGGUGGCUGUGGCAUGGUGGUCUGGUGACUGUCUGGGGUGUCCCCUGCCCCUGGUGACUGGGGUUACACCCUACCCCCUGUCGUGAAUGGCUGCGUGUAGAGGGGGCCUCACCUUGUGGGUGGGGGGUGUGAGGAGCCAUAGCAACAGGCAACCAGUCAAGCAACAGUGCUGGAGACUUGCUCAGGUAUUGUCUUGACAGACAGGCCUACAUUCAUUAAAUAUUUGGAUAAGAGCAAGGCUGGAUCCAGAUCUGUUAUAGAUCUGGGACCAGGCUGUAUAAGAGCACCUUAUGGAAAAUCUUUACUUGUCCUAUGUGAAUUUGCAGGCGCUGGAUGUGCAGUGGAGUAGACAGAUUCGGUCUCUCAGCAGCACCUCAUGGGCCCUGGUUCCCCCCAACAGUCUGAGGUAUCAGAAGAUCAAGCAGCCGGCCCUGUCACACCCCUUCCACCAUGCCAGCCAGGGCCAACCCCGCAGCCGGAGGCCCCUGGGCCUGGAUGAGGACUGGGAAGAGACUGUCAGCCUGUGUGUGCUGGUGCGGCCCGUCCCUGGGGAGUGUGAUGACCAGCACACCCUGGUGGAGGUGCCUCUGUUUGGGCAUACUAAACUAGGCGAGCUCCUGGCUCCGGGAGGACUCAGUAGGCCUGUGGAGUUCCUCUUCCCCAUGACCACUGUGGACGGGAGCCGAGAGGACGACAUCAGCAUUGGGACGACAAAGGUUCAGGCGGGUUCCAAGACGAAGAUGAACGAGGGAGAGACAGAAAAGAGGGAGAGAGGAUCGUUCCGAAGCCUGUUUGAGGCAGAAGGAUGUCCCGCUCCAUUUAUGUAUGGAUCCAGGUUUUACUGCUUCCACUGUCCUGGGAUGGAGCCGUUACCUGGUUACGGGGACAAAUCGGGCCAUAUGAUUGGACUAGAGAAAGAGUUGUCGCUGUUGCUCCACACCUCUCUGAAUAGUAGCUACUCAGAGAGAGAGACAGUGCAGGGGGGUCACAGCGAUAGAGGGAGGGAGGAUGAGGAGAAACUGGCCUUGAUGUAUGAAAAACUGAGGAUUGAGGUAAGAGAGGAGAAGAGGGGUUUGUUUAAGAUAUUUCUGUUUGAUGGCAUACACUGCUAUUUAGUUAUUAGUAUUGAUUAUCAUUUGUUUGAUUUGCAGCUUUCUAGUUUCUUUGUGAAGAGUCAUGACUACACCAUGUACACAAAUGAUAUCGAGUUCGUCAACUGUAUUCUAAAUGCCAAGACCAGGUAAAUGCUACUUUCUGGCUACUCAAUAGCAGUUUCCCGAACCCUGAUAUUUAUACAUAUGUAACUACACACAUUUACACCCCCAUAAUAGGUCUACAUUAUAAUACAGUUAUACCGUGUCUAUCUAUCCUCUAGGGGCAGAGUUCUGUACCAGCUGAGCCUGUCUCUGUGGAGGCUGCUGUGUCUCUGUUACUAUGCUGAGGCCCGGUUAGAGGUACUGAAACUGACUAAGCACCCAGAGGAUGGGACCAUCAAGGCCAGGUGGAGGGUCAGAGGACUGCCCUUCCUCUCUCUGCUGCUGAGAUUCUACCGCAAGGACAAAACUGACCUCUACAGGUACAGAAACCUGGCUGGGAUCUGUUCAUCUUAACACAAUGUUCAGAUAGAAAUGUAUUGAUUUGGUAUUGGAAUGGAUAGUGUUUCUGGUCAGUGUUCCUCUUCACUGUUAAUUAUCUUUGAUCAUUCAUACACUAGUAAACACAGUCUUUCAACAGGUCAUAUGAUGCAUUCUCUACCUUCUACCUUGGCCAUGAUGGACUCAUACACUGUCACAAAGUGGAAAAAGUGAGUGUCCCUGUUGUGUACUGUCUCAUCUGACUGAAAUAGACAUGCCUAUAAAUUGCUGAGAAAUAUCAUCAGAUUCUCUGCCUUGCCUAAACUGAUCACCUCAAACUUGCUGAGUAUUGUUUUCCUGUCUUCCUCCAGGUGAUGAAGGCCCAGCCACCUAUCUUGCCCAGGGUGACCACUCUGUUAGCGGGGGCCCUUGUGGCCCUGGGGGUCCAGGAGCACCGGCCAGCCCUCAACCUCCUGCCCCCCCUGCUUUCCUCCCUCCGACAGGGCCGAGACUGAGAGAGACAGAGAGAAAGGAGGCUCUGGAGAAAGGAGCAUGUGUGUACCAUGAGAGGAGUAACGGAGAGAGAGAGGGAAACAUGCAAUCAAUGUUGUCGAGAAGAAAACAUGUUUAUCCCUGAUCACCUGUACAAUCCCCCCCUAUUGUACGCCUGCUCUAAAACAUUAUUAUAAAAAAAUAUAUAUUACUUUCCAAAACCGUUCUCUCUCUGGACUCCCACAGCAAUAGAAUAGCCGCUACUAUUUUAGUUUAUAUGCAAUCCAGAACUUCAGUUUAUCCAAUAAGUCGAGUUGGUACCUUGAUCAAUACCUUGUUAACGCACAAACAAAUGAUCGCACAGCACUGAGUGACUGCUUGUGUGAUGUUGACCCGCUCUCUGGGCCUAUACCCUCCCACUGUACAUAGCCUGCUGCUCAUAAAAGCGUCUGCUAAAUGGCAUAUAUUAUUGGACAAACCUAU